UUAAAGGAGGGGAUUAACUGCGAGUCUGAGCUGUGCGGAGUUGAACUUUCUAUGAAAUCGUCCUUGUUUCUACAGUACACAGUCUAAACUUGUAAACUUCGACAACCUUGGAAAAAAAAGCAUCAAACUCAGACGAAAAGCCCGUUGCUCGGUAGUCGGUAUAUUCAGAUAAGCUGUUUUUUUUUUUGUCAAUUUCUUUUCGCUUUGAACUCAUGCAUAAGUGGUCUGAACGCCAAUUCUUGGCUCUUACGCCAUUUUCGAUGAUGCUUUAGUGAUGCUUGAUUGAUAUAUAACCUUUCGAGUGUCUCUGUGUCCAAGGAAGUAGAACUUGUUGUGCAGCAUAUGAGACAAGAAACAAGAAAGGCCCUUUGUAGUUUUUACCUUAAUGACUUGUUUGUAAAGAACCACUUUUGAUCUUUUCUCUCACAAUUUUUUCUUCCAGGUCCAUUUUGUUCUGCUGCUGCGGGCGUAUUUUGCUUCGAUCAUUUGGGUGGCUUUCUUUUCGGCUUUUGGAACAAAAUGGAGGUGGGUCGUGGAGAAAGAGAGUCUUCGACAUUGCCGUCCCGUUUGUCACCUUUCGCUCGGCCCUUCAGGCUUCAAUCCCCAACCCGCUUUGAAUUCGAUGACAAACUCAUGCCAGCAACCUUUUACACCUUCACUUGACGAUUCCCAGAGUUCCAACCCUUCUUUAUCCUUGGCCGGUUCCUUUCCUGAUCUCAAUUUGGACGGAGAUUUGGUAUUUGAUGCGCCUUGGGAGGCUUAUAAAUAUCGUGACCAUCAGUCUGAUAGGGGUAUCACGGAUUUCCCAUAUGAUAAUCCUUCUGAUUUUGAUGGGCAAUCUACUUAUUAUCCAUCACUAUAAUUAUUGCGAGGAAUUAGUCUGACUACUGUGCCUUAUGACUCGGACUUAGAUGCUAUGAUAUUAAACAAGUCCCUCGAUUACAACCAGAACUGGUCAGUUUUUGGCUAUGUCGGCCAAAAGGCUGAUGGCGGUGAUGGCACAUGUAAUGCGGAACAGGACACAAGGAGGGGUCAUCAAGGGAGUUUUUCUGGAAGGUUCGUUCAGGGGCGUUAGGAAGCUUGCAAACUCAAGAGUAGCAUGGACAAAGCCUAUGGCUGUUUUGCGAGAGCCUGAAAAUCAGGAUCACCAUUAUGGGCAAAACAGUUCUACUGCAUUUACUGAGAAAAGGCUGAAUUCUUUACCUUCAUGCAGUGAAGUAGGUGUUGAGAAGAGCAAUGACAUUGUCCAGCGGUUAGGAAAGUUUGCCAUCCAGGAAGAAAAACCAUAAACAGAAAGGUGCCAGGAAUUCUAUUCGAAAGAAGAGAAUGAUGGAAUGUCUGAUGUUCCACUUGAGCCAAGCAUGGGUAUUCUUGUUCGAGGCCAAAGCUACAAAUUCCUCUCCUAUUUAUUAGAAUGGUACGUACAAGUGUUUUGUUUAAGGAUAGCAUAGGUUACAUUACGGAAUGGUGUGUAAUAUAUAUUAGUCAUGCAUGCAUGUAUCAUGGAGAGAUUGUACGGGAUAUGUCUGACUCAAAUAUGGGUGAAGCUUAAUCUUGAAAAGUUUGAUAUUCGUCAUGAUCUUAGAGAGGCAACAGACAAACACUCGGUGAUUUUACCAAUGAUAAAACUGGAGGCUGUAAUUAGGAAAAUGAAAUGGGUGGUGAACUUGAAUGCAGUGUCAUUAGUUUUUAGUUCAACUAGUCGUGCACUAAAAAAUGAUUAAUUUUCAAUUUUGUAAUAACUUGAUUGUAGAGUUUUCUAAAUGUAGUUUUCUUCUAUUACUAAUCGUAGAGUUUCCUAAAGUGUUCCAGGUUCUUAAAACUUCAAAUUAUUAAUUGUCAUUGAUAUAAUAUUUCAAGUUCUUUGAAACUUAAAUGACCUAAUUCAUUGUUAUUAAUGGAGGACUGGAUAGCGUGGAUUAACAAGAGUAAAGCUUCUGCUUCGAAAAUUAUAAAUGCUAUAGAUGGUUAAAACUUUGAGCUUGGAGUUAAUAUUCAGCGAUGAUGAUGCAACUAGUUUAACAUGGUUUUGUGAGGAAUACUUUGACUGGCAGGUUCUGGGGUUGGCUGAAGCUAUCAAUAGAAAUGGGGGGGCAUGAACUGUGGCUCAGGUUCUGUGACAAAAAUGACACCUCAAAUUGUGAUUUGAACUUUAGGCAGAUCAACUCCGCCAUAUGAAUAGUCUUUGCAAAGGCACAUUUUUCUGAUACCAUUGUGCUUGUAUAUAUGCGAGAGUACUCAUUCUGGUUUUGCAAUGAAUGGAUGACAAUUCUAUCAAACCAGGUCAUGUGCCGGCCGCCGGCCCGUCUGCCUGAUUUGGGCAAGUUGAACUCCUUUUUGGUAAUCGAUUUCUAGGUAUUAUUAUAAAUAUUGAUCUAAUCAAGUUUUUCGGUCGGCCCAAGCUUAGUACGUACGUGAGUAAGAAGACGUAUAUCCUGGAGAGGCCCCUUAAAACAGCCUAUUCCUACAAGACAUGAUGAUCAGGUGGCUUUUUCCUUGGCUUAAAUCUCAUUCUUUCUUAGGGCAGACAGGACUUGAUCAUCUGCACGAGUUCUCUUGUUUAACUUGAGGCACUGGAUUCUCCAUUUAUUUCCCUUGCUUGUUCUUUGUUUUGUUUUUUUCAAUCAUUAAUCAAAUUUUAAGGCCAGAAUGGCAAGACA